GUGAGUAGUGAGUAGAAAGUGAGGACCUGACUCCUUGUACAUCUUCAGUGGGCAGCAUGAGGUCCUUCACCGCCGCAGUGAUCGGCGUCUGGCUCUUGCUUAUCGGCGGCGCCACGACGGGCGCGGCAAUCAUAGGGUUAGAGUCGUUCCUAAGCGAGCAAUCGCGGAAUGACCCGCAAGCGUCGAAGGACUCCUUCCUUUCACUGCCAACAUCGAUAAAGAAAUCACUCUCUCUCCACCCGAACACCUCUCUCUCACUCUCUCUCCCAAUCACGCUCUCUCUCCACCUCGUCGGAGAAUUCCCCUCCGACACCCCCUCGCUGCUCUCGUCGUUCGUCUCGCAAACGCUCUCAUCGCCCUUCCACGUCAUCACCCCCUUCCCCAACCAACUCCACUCUCUCUCCCUCUCCCACUCCCUCAAUCUCCACGUCACCCACGCCCCUCCCUCUCUCUCCUCUCUCCUCUCCCAAACGCUCUCCUCUCAGUUACACUCCACACCCUCCUCUCUCCGUUCCCCUCUCCUCCCAAUCCCUUUCUCUUCCAUCGACCAAAUCAUUCAACAACACUUCCACAAGUCAAACCCUAACCCUUCCCAAUCGCACGUUCAUCUCUACCUCCUCAACCUUCCUCCUUCUCCCAAUUCCAAACCCUAUGCUUAUACCUACUCCUCCGGCGACUCCUCCGCCGCGUUCACCAAAUGUUCCGGCACCUUCUGGACCGCCGCCGAUCGUUACUUUUGGAUCGAUCUCGCUGCUGGCCCUGUCGACUACGGUCCUGCUAUCUCCGGCGACGGCGUCAUCCCGCGCGGCGAGUUUCAUCCUCUUGCUGCACUCCACGGCCGGCCGAAGUCUCAAAAGGCGUUCGCUGCGGAUCUCGCUUCCUUGGUUUGGAGCGCUUACCAGGUUUUUCUUGCUCCUUCUUUGAGAAUACCUGUGCCGUUUGAGAAUUCUUUGGUUGUUCAGUUUGUUCAUGUGUAUAGUGAGAGGGAGAGGGAUUUGAGUGGUUUGGAUUGGAGGUUGAUUGAGAAGAGCUUUAGAGAUGAGAGUGGCGGGUUGUUGUUAGGGGAUCAGAGUUUGAGUUUCAAGGAUUAUGCAAUUAGGUAUUCGGAGUGUCCGAUUUGUUCGUUCGCGGUUUCGCGGUCGAUUAAUUCGUAUACGUCGAGGUUUUUGUUUGAUAAUUAUACAUUGAUUGUGAGUGAGUAUUUGGAUUCCAAGCGAUUGCAUCAGAUUUUGUCUGAUUCUGCGGAUGAGUUGAGGAAACUGGCUGGUGUGCCGGAGGAGGACUUUGGCAGGGUUAUUCCGGUGUAUGUUUUUGACUUGGAUUAUACGUCACUGUUGCUGCUCGAUCGGUAUCAUCAAUCUGUUGCUUUUAAGGAUAUGGUGAUUGCAGUUAGGACUAGGAACACACAGACUGUGAGUGAUUAUAGUUGCAAUGGGAGACAUGUGUUCACACAGACGAGGGAGCUUGAGCGGCCGAUUGUUGGUUCAAUUCUGCAAAGCAUGUGGGGAGUGUCGCCGACGCAUCUGUCCUGGAGCCCCCAGCACAAUGGGACUUUGGUGGAUUAUACAUGGAGCAUGGGGCAGACUCCGUUUGGGCCAUUUUCGGAGAUGUCGUCUCUGUCUUUUGUGCAGAAAGAUGCUGCUAGAAGGAAUCUUCUGUUGACGUCGUUGAAUUACAGUAUAACGAGUGCUAUAGAUGUUCUUCAGUCCAUAGAGACGCACGGCGGCGACAAAAAUCUGCUCAAGCAAAAGCAGCAUGUGGAGUUUGUGCAGAGAUGGAACCUGUUCAAGUACAAGCUGAACAAAGUAGUGUCUGCGAUGUCGCAUUUGGAUUUUGAGAUGGCUUUGUUUUACCUGAGAUCUUCUGAUCAUGAUCUGUAUGCCAUCCACUCCAUUGUGUAUCACGCCUCUCAAGAAAUAGAGGCAUCCCUUGUGUGCUUUAGGGAUCCUCCCUUUCCCUGGGCUGCGGUCUCAAUCUCUGCAUCGGCUUUCCUUGCUCUCUCUUAUGUUUAUGCAAGACGGAACAAGCUUUUCAGAAACAAAAGGAAGCAAUUUUGAUGCUCUCACAAGAGGAUAGAAGUUUGUAUGAUUCUAAGAAAACACAUGUAUCAUUGUACAAGAGGUUUGACGAUGGGUUUAGUAUUUAGAUUGUUUAUUGUUCGAACUAUUAACUCCAGUUCAACCAGGCUUUUUCAUACCUUGUCAUGCCCUGUGAUCAGUUUGUUUUGUUGGGUUUAUCUUCACUUACUUUUACAGUAUUAUGACACAAGUUGAUCGUUACUGGAUUAUAAAUCAUAGAAUCAAGUCUGU